CUUUUGACCUCACUCCCUUCUCUUCUUCCCCAGUCAAAAUUCCCACACUAAAACCCUAACCCUAGAAACUCCAGGAGCUCCAAAAAUGGUGUGCAUACGCAAGGCCACAAUCGACGACCUCCUGGCGAUGCAAGCUUGCAACCUUUUCUGCCUCCCUGAGAAUUACCAGAUGAAGUACUACCUCUAUCACAUCCUCUCAUGGCCGCAGCUCCUCUACGUCGCUGAAGACUACAACGGUCGCAUCGUCGGCUACGUCCUGGCCAAGAUGGAGGAGGAGAGUAACGAGUGCCACGGCCACAUCACCUCCCUCGCCGUUCUCCGCACCCACCGCAAACUCGGGCUCGCCACCAAGCUCAUGAGCGCCGCCCAGAACGCCAUGGAACAGGUGUUUGCGGCGGAGUACGUGUCGCUUCAUGUGAGGAAGAGCAAUCGAGCAGCGUUCAAUUUGUACACUGAGACUUUGGGAUAUAAGAUUCAUGAUGUGGAGGCGAAGUACUAUGCCGAUGGGGAAGAUGCGUAUGAUAUGAGGAAGGAGCUCAAGGGGAAGAAGGUGCAUGGACAUAGUCAUGGGCAUGUGCAUGGGCAUCACCACCAUCAUCACCAUCAUGAAGGUGGGUGUUGCUCAGGGGAGGCGGCGAAACCAGAUAAGGCAGAGGCGAAAAAGGUCGAGAGAGGGAAUGCCAAGGCGGUAUGAGAGUGAGAGGUAGGGUUCCGAUGAAGUUUUCGUGGCCGUGCAGGAUCAAGUUUUAUUUCUGGAAAUAGAGAAGAGUGCAGAAAACUUAUUAUGUUCUACUCUAUCCUUUGUCAUCACAAAAUUUGCAACCUAAAAUAGGAGCUUUUUUCGAACUGGCCUUCCGAAAUGAGCAGCAAAUAAGAAGUUUCUAUUCAAUUUCUUGCACCAGUUGGGUUUCUGAAGGAGUUUUUGUAGCCAUGGUGAAAUGUCAAGUUCCGCCUUGGCACUGAUGCAAACUUGGGUUAACUUCACAAGGCUUUCUACACUCCCACUCACACUCCAGUUCAACAUGAUCGACGUAAACAUGUUGAAGUUGAUCGACAUUUUAAUUUAUUUGAGUUCUGUAAAGUCUGAGCAUCAACUCACGGAUGUACUUAUUUUUGUCCAAUUAAAUUUAUCAUAGCUCACUUGAAAAAGAUGGGCAUUGAUUUGUGCACCA